CAUACUUGAUGUUAUAUAUACUAAAAAAGAAAAGCUCCGAUCCUAGCCUUCUACAUAAUUCCAGAGCCUGAUAAUAUUGUUGCACUUUGGCCAUGGGAGUUCAAUUUGUUAUUAAGAUACUAUUUACCAUUGUGGUUAUAGCGUUGCUUGGAGUGCUACUGCGCCUUUACAAUGUGUUGGUUAUGAAACCAAAGAGGCUUCGUUCCGUGUUGAAGAAGCAGGGCAUCAAUGGACCUCCACCAGCUUUUCUUCUUGGAAAUAUGAGACAGAUUCAGAAGACUCUGUCCUCCGUUGUGAAGGCCAAUGCUCCGCCUCUCAUCCAUAACUAUGCUGCUCUUCUUUUCCCUUUCAUUGAGCUAUGGCAGAAGGAAUAUGGUCAAGUGCUUGUAUUUUCCCUGGGAAACAUACAAGUUCUGAAUUUGAAUCAGCCUGACAUAGUGAAAGAAUACACAACUUGUGUAUCCUGGGACUUAGGGAGAUCUUCAAUCAAUAUUAAUGAUCUUGGUCCUUUGCUUGGUCAAGGGAUUCUCACAUCAAAUGGAGCUUUCUGGUCACAUCAGAGGAAGAUUAUUGCUCCUGAAUUUUACAUGGAAAAGAUCAAGGGAAUGGUGAACCUGAUAACCGAGUCUGCAAUUUCACUGGUAAAUUCAUGGAAGAGUAUAAUUGAGAGAGAUGGAGGAAUGGCAGACAUCAAAGUUGAUGAAGGCCUCAUCAGUUUCUCUGCGGAUGUCAUCUCAAGAGCCUGUUUUGGAAGCAAUUAUUCCGAAGGAGAAAAGAUUUUCAUGAAACUAAUGGAUCUUCAGAAGGCUGUGUCCAACAAAGGUAUAGCAGCCUUUGGGAUUCCUGGAAUGAGAUAUCUCCCCACGGAAAGCAAUAGAAAAGCAUGGGCAUUAGAGAAAGAAAUCCGCGAUUUGAUCAUGAAGGUAGUGAAGGAGAGAGAAGAAGCUGCAUCUAAGAAAGAUUUAUUGCAGAUGAUUCUUGAAGGAGCCAAAAGUAGCAAUCUAAAUGGAGAAGCAAUGGAACGAUUCAUAGUUGAUAAUUGCAAGACUAUAUACUUAGCUGGGUUUGAUACUACUGCAGUUUCAUCCUCUUGGUGCCUCAUGUUGUUGGCAUUAAAUCAACAAUGGCAGGAUCGCGUCCGUGCAGAGAUUGUUGAAAUUUGUGGAGGUGGCAUGCUAAAUUAUGAUAUGAUUCGCAAGAUGAAACUGCUUAACAUGGUGAUUCAGGAAACAAUGCGACUUUAUCCACCAGUGUCAAUAGUAGCAAGGGAGGCCUUAAAUGAUGUGAAAUUAGGUAACAUCAAUGUUCCCAAGGGAGUGAAUAUUUGGAGCAUUGUGUCACUAUUGCAUACCGAUCCUGGGACAUGGGGACCAGAUUCUUACAAGUUCAACCCUGCGAGAUUUGCAAAUGGGAUAACAAGUGCUUGCAAGUAUCCAUUCUUGUACAUGCCAUUUGGUAUUGGGCCUCGAAUGUGUCUUGGACAGAACUUGGCCAUGGUCGAACUCAAGAUAUUGAUGGCUCUCAUUUUAUCUAACUUCUCUUUCACAAUCUCUCCUAAAUAUGUCCACUCCCCUACUUUUAACCUAGUCAUAAAACCAGAACAUGGAGUGAAUCUUCUGAUAAAGAAGUUGUAAAGACAGAGAGAUAGAUUGGUUUCAUCAUGUUGGAGAAGCACAUGAGACUUUUCCAUUUAUCUAUAAUAAUUGGAGAGAUAGGGACUCCCUCUAAACUUUUGUUCAUUAGGAUUUGCUGUCUAGCUUAUAACAAAUUUUAUUUAAUAUA